AUGACAGUCAGUGGCAUCAAACCACGUUUCAUGCCACCUGUUGCCUAUACUCUUCUUGUCUAUUUCUUUCAAUUUUCAACUCAAAUCUAUCAUGAGAGAGAUCCAGCUGAUCAGUCGACGGCCGGAACAAGUUCGCUUGACCCAACCAGGAUGACUUCAGACAGCGUUCAACUGAAUGCUUCUACGAAAGGCCUAGCUCUGGAAUCAGAUGUGGAAUCUAUAGAAAAUGAUGAAACUGACUCUUCGGACAAAGAUGGAGAAGCAGGAAGUUCCAAUUACAGCCAGCUCAGUGGAGGAUGGCUGUCCGUGAUGCUAACUGAAGGCAAAGAAUUAGCUUCCGGCUCAGGUUCAAAUUUGCACCGGAGAUCAGGCAGAAGGAAAGGUGCCCAAAAAAUUGAUAGUGUUGAUCCGCCAGCUGAAACUGACGAAAUCAACUUCUGUCAGUGGUUGGAAGAGUUCACUGGAAAACGGCUGACCGAGGGAAGUCAAGCUUCAGAUUCGUCUCCAGCCAUCAACAGCAAAGAAACAAAUAUUGGGCUCUAUUCAAGUCCAUGCUUGAGACCAAGCGCCGUGGCCACAAAUCAAGCAGACGAAUUUGGAAAUAUUUUCACCCCUUAUCAGUCAAAACGAUUUGCCGGAGGAAGACGGAUAACCGGCGAACAUGAAACUUUGACUCCAGUCUCACUAUUUAACAGUGGCGAAAUAGACUAUAGUAGAGCUCCAAACUUAUAUAGGCAGAUAGGCACAGAGAACUUCAAACAAGUUGAAGCUACAGUCUCGUCAGAGAAUCCUGAAAAAAGCAAUUUGCUUUUCCAGCUGGAACAAUUCGUUGGACAGAACGAAGUUACGAAUUCGGUCCUACCGGAUAACAGUGGGAGAAGAGAUUCUAGUAUAAACCCAAGCAACCCAAGCCUACGCCGUACUACAUGCACGGGGCACAAUAUUAAGGAACCGAAGUUUAUGGAUUCGCCAAAUGAACUUGAAAAAAACUCCCUUUUUCGACAGCUGGAAGAGUUCAACGAAAAAUGGCUGACCGGUCAGGGACAAAUUACGAAUCCGUUCCUGCCAAUUAAUACUGGAGGAACAGACUCGCGUUUAAACCCAAGCCCAAGCUGGACACCAGGCAUAGGACACGGUUUUAAAGAAAUGAAAUUCGUGGAUCCACUUGCUAAACCUGAAAAAAACUACGCCAGCCAUCAGUUGCAGCAGUUCAGGGGAGAUUGGCAAAUUGAACAAGAUGGAACCUGUAAUUUGAGCUUAUCAUCCAGCAACGAAGAAUCGGACUGCGCUCCGGAUCUAAGCUUAUGCCGCAUUUCAGAUGCACAGCAGGUUACUGAAGAAUUUGGCUGCACAGAAUUUUCGGCAACCGCAUUUGAAGAAGAAUGGAUUUUCAGGCACUGUGCACAGCUUUUUCAAGAGCUGCCGACAAAAGAGAUUGAAACGAUAAUUUUGGCUCUGUCGUCCAAUGCGGAAUCAGAUUUCCAUCGAAAUUUCAGCUCAGACAGGAGAACACAAGAAGGGCAAAAUGCCAAUGAAAUUGUUCUGACCGACCUUACCUCUCCAUCUGAUGAAGUCUGCGGCGUUACACCGACGGCGCAAAAUCCACCUGCAAGCUUCGAUGAUUGUGCUCGCUACACCGUCUCAGGGGAUUCAACACCGGAAAAGGUAGAAGCUUCAAAUUCUGGAUCUCUUCAACCUAAAGAGCUACAACCGACUACUGUGAUGAAGCAACAAUACGUGGAAAGCAACCAGGAAAGUAAAUUUCCACAGCACAUUGCGCCAAGCCAAAUUUACGGAACAGAGCUGGAACUCACCGAUUCCACAAAAUUAUCCAAAAAUGCCUUAGCAACGGAAAAUUUUCCAUUAGUUUUCUUCACUGAUGAAAAGUCUGGAACAACGGUAUAUUCGCAACAAGGUUCAUGCGAUGAUGAACUUGGAUUCCAUGCAUUUUUUUCGCAAACAUCUGCCGGUGACGAAACUGAUUCAGUUCUAUUUUCCAGGAAAAUUCCCACUGACACCGAAGGUGAAUUAGAUUCACUUUCCGCACAGAUCUUCAUUGAUACUGAACUUGAACAAAAUCCACUUUUAUUGCAAGCCUCUUGUGGUGAAGUUGAACCAGGCGAAAAUUCAAAUCUUUCAGUCCUUUCACGAAACAUCUUGGAAGUCACAACAAGGAAGGAGAAUACCGUUGCAACUGGCUUCAUUGUAGACGUGAAAUGA